CUAUUCUGGGCCAGACUUGACAGGUGUCUGAGCCCAGCAGGGGCUGGGUCAGAGCCCUGUCCACAGGGUAUCUCAAGUGAGAAGGGACCCGUAAGGGUCACUGAGUCCAGCUCCCUGCUCCUCACAAGAGCCAAAACUAACCCAUAUGACUAAGAGAGAGUCCUCCCAGCCCAAGGGCUUGUCACUGUCCAAGGGUGGUGUGGAGAGCACACACUCCUUUUGGAGCAGAGGUGAGUUUUCCUUCCAGCACUAAUGACCAUUAAAUUUAAGCAAGAGGACACUGCGGGCAGGAGCAGGGCAGAGAACCGAGUUCUCUGUUCUCCCCCUGAGCCCAUUGCCAUGUGCAGCUGGGCAGCUGAGGGUGUAACAGCCAGGGCAGUCACCCCAGAGGAUGGAAUGGAUCACCUGCCUUUGGGACAGCAUUUGUCAGAAACUGCAGCUCUGUGCACUAAAGAUGAGUUGCAUCUGCUGGGAAGGAGCAGAAAGGAGCUCAUGCCCAGACAGGAGAAGUCUGGCAGUGUUUGCUGUGGAGACUCCAGCCUCUUGCUAGCAUUGCAACAGCUCUCACCUGGAGUUUUACCUGUUUAUGGUACAAUACAUGGCGCACUCAGUGCUUUUCCCGUGCAGCAAGGGCAGGAGUGGAGUUUGGGCUACGCUGGCUCAGGUCCCACAGCGAUGGGUGAAGCCUGGUCUGUGAUGGGUAAAGAAAAAAAAGCCAUUUCCGUGGCAGAAGCUGAGAGAACUUUUCAUCUGGUCCGCACGACAGGAAAGUUGGCAACUUAAAUGUUAAACUUGCCUGUGACUGUUGGGUGUUGACAUCAUCGUGAUCUCACCGCUGUAACCGGAGCCCUCCAGCUUUUCCUCCAGCCUGCCUUUAAAAACCAGUCCCGGAGGCAGCACAGCACCCGUUCCUCCGACCCACAUCGAUGAAAGCGAAGCCGAGCUCCAGCGCUCCAGCCAUGUCCACAUCGCUGCGGGUGAGCCCCUCGGUCCACGGCUACCGCUUCGACACCGCCCUGCGCAAGAAAGCCGCGGCCAACAUCUUCGAGAGCAUCAACGAGGCGGCCCUGCAGAAACUCUUCAAAAACUCCGGGGACAAGAAGGCGGAGGAGAGAGCCAAGAUAAUCCUCGCCACCGACCAGGACAUGGAGGAGAAAACGAGAGCGCUAAUGGCACUAAAGCAGAGGAGAAAAGACAAACUGCUCCAGUUUCUGACAUUUCGGAAAUACUCCAUUAAAGUUCACUGAACUGGCGGAGGGAGCAGAAAUGGAGAACAUUUGGUUACGGGACUGUUCGUGACCUCCUGCCACACGCAGCGUGUUCCGCUGCCCCGUGGGCCUGGGGACCUGCCAGGCCACGCACAGGGCUCCAGCCCUGCCACGAACUGCAGCUGGCAGCGGCACCGCCGAGGCAACGGCACCGCUGAGGCAGCGGCAUCGGUGUCUGUGGGACAUCAGUGUCCGUGGGACAUCAGUGUCCGUGGGACAUUGGUGGCUGUGGGACAUCGGUGGCUGUGGGACAUCAGUGUCCGUGGGACAUCGGUGUCUGUGGGACAUCGGUGGCUGUGGGACAUCGGUGCCCGUGGGACAUUGGUGCCUGUGAGACAUGGCUGUGGGACAUCGGUGCUCGUGACACAUGGCAGUGGCACAUCAGUGCUCGUGGGACAUCAGUGCCCGUGGCACACGGCUGUGACACACCAGUGCCCGUGGCACAUCACUGUGGGCAGCAGUCUGGUGGCCAGAGGCUCCCAGGGACAGCAGCUCCCUGCUGGAGGCCCAGCAGCCCUCGGGCAGCCGUGGGACGGAGCUGGGGGAGCCCACAUACCCCGGUGUGACUCGGGACCGUCUCGAUGGACUUGGUGCUCACAGAGCCGGUGCUUUGCCUGCUCAGCCUCUCCUCAAAGCAUUUCCUUACAGCCUGAGCCCGUGCAGAGCCCCCUGCUCUGGACACCCAGCAGCUGCUGCCCCAGCUCUGCAUCGUGAAAUGCACCCAAAGCGUGGUGCAGCAAGUUCAGCCACCCGGGCACGCAUCCAGAGACACUCUGCACAAAUGAACCUUUCCUUCCCAAGCUGUAUGUGUGCCGAAAAAGUCGUUUGCACAGAAGCAAUAAUAAUGACAGAUUUCCCUCAAUUUACUGUGAAGUUCCCUAAUAUUGUGUUCACUUACCACUAACUCUAAAAAUCUAAAUAUAAUAACUACAGUUCUUCUCUGUGUAGGUUACAGUCACUAUUAGAUGAGUACUUACUUCACAGCAAUAUUUUAUGACAAUGUUAUUAUUAUCUUGGCUAUAAUUUAUUGCAUACAGUGAUGUGAAAACUAAUAAAUUAUGAAGUAAAUAUAAAUGA